GUCAAACCAGUCCAUAUCUUCCUCCACCAAAUACAAUGGAAUUUACUGCGUGUACACCUACACCAUGACUGCAGAGGAGAGCGUUUCUGGAAUAAAUGGCAGAGAGAAACCACACCACGGUGACCGAGUUCAUUUUCGUAGGAUUCACAGAUCAUCCAGAUCUACAGAUCCCCCUCUUUAUGUUGUUCCUAGUGAUGUAUGUGGUCAGCCUGAUGGGGAAUCUUGGGAUGAUAGCGUUAAUCAUGGUUGAAACCCGACUUCAUACCCCCAUGUACUUUUUCCUAAGCCAGAUGUCCAUUGUAGAUAUUGGAUAUUCCACUGCCAUAGCUCCCAGGAUGCUAAUGACCUUUGUAGCAGAGACUAGAACCAUUCCUUUGAUUGAGUGUGCGGCACAACUAUUCUUCGUCUGUUUCUUUGUGACCAAUGAAUGUUGCCUCCUGGCUGUGAUUGCGUAUGACCGCUUCAAAGCUAUCUGUAAUCCUCUGCUAUACAGAGCCAUUAUGUCCAAGAGACACUGUGUCCUAUUAGUGGCUGGUACAUAUGUAUGUGGCUCUGUGAAUUCAGUUGUGCAAACUCUAUUUAUAUUCAGUCUGUCCUUCUGCAGCUCCAAUGUUGUCAACCAUUUCUUCUGUGAUGUGCCCCCCAUGCUGAAGCUGUCCUGCUCUGACACCCAUGUCACUGACCUUGUACUUUUCACUUUCUCUACUGUAAUUGUCACGACUACUUUCCUGGGUGUCCUAAUCUCCUACAUGUGCAUCCUUCUGGCCAUUCUCAGGAUCCGUUCUGCCAAGGGGAGACGCAAAACCUUUUCCACCUGUGCCUCCCACCUGACAGUUGUCACUAUGUUUUAUGGGACGCUGAUAUGUAUAUAUUUAAGACCCAGUUCUAGCUACUUGAUGGACCAAGACAAGGUUACCUCUGUGUUUUAUGCCCUUGUGAUCCCCAUGUUGAACCCCCUGAUCUACAGCCUGAGAAACAAGGAGGUAAAAGAUGCCUUUAAAAGGGUGAUAUACAAGAAGAUUUUUUAUUGGUCAUUAUAA